CAGUUGGAGAAUAUGUUUACCUCAUCUCAACUUGAAGGUCAGGAAAUGAAAAAAGACAUGGAGCGUCGUUUGGAAGAAGUGCUUAGCAAAUUUGAGCAAAGCCAAACACUGAUAAAAUCAUAUCAACAUGGAGAAUCUGCUAGCAGCAAACCCCAGGAUCCUCCAGCAGUUAAGGGAAGAGCUACAACAGCUGUUGAGACGUCGGUUGCAGGGACUAGGGGUGGAUCCAAGCUGGGGUGCAUUGCCUCCCUCCACCUUCUCUUCCAAGAUGGCUACUCUCUCCCAUCAGCGUCAGAUCACUGCCAAGAAUCACAAGAUCUACUAUACUCUGAGGGAUAAGUUGAGCCAUGAUGCUGACACAGCUGCAGCUGCUCGCAGAAUGUCUGCAGACCAGCAGACUGCAGAGGACAGUCUAUUGUCUCGCUUGCGGAGGAAGGCAGCUUUGGUCAUAAACGCAACCAAGUUCACUUACCACAUGGAAUCACUGAAAAAGAAAGAUGGUUGUAACCAAAUCAAGCGCAACACAAUUCACCAAGUCUCAGCCUUUGGCUUCUUCUAG